AUGGGAAUAUGUGGAGGUAGGUCUAAAAGUUAGGAAGACUAAGUUCAUAAACUAAGUCAACCUAUCAUAACCAAUGGUGAGUUACAAAUUAAAGUGUUGUUGAAGAACAUCACUUUGAAAAUGACUGGUGUGAGAUAAUGUUCCAUUGAAUUUGAUUUAGGGUAAUGUAAGUACACAUCACCGGUGCAUAUAGAUAAUAAUGGAGAUCAUUAUGUAUUAAAAUUCAUAGAAGGAAGUGGCGAGCUAGUUUUGAUGGAACCUUAAAGAUGACAGAGUAGUAGAUGCGAGAAUCCAAUAUGAAAAUUUCAGUGAUUGAUACUUAAGUAAUUGGAUAAGCCACCAUCAAUUUAUUUGAAGCUGCAGUAGGACCAUUUCAUUUUCAAUUACCAAUCCGAGGUUAAAGUACUGGAAAUGUUACUUUUGAUUUGAAAAUGAAUCAAGUAUUGUAAGCAACUCUUUAAAGUAAGUUUAUCAUUUGGGAAUUAAAUUAAAGUCUUAGUGAUGUUAGAUACAACUAUAAUUUGAGGUUGGUGGUAUAAAUAUUUAUUAAAAUAAAAGACUUCAUAGUUCUCAUUCAUCUCUGAACAUUCAACCACUUUUGUUAAUCCAAAUUAUAGAAAACAAAAUGAAAAAUAGAGAAGUAUAAUAGCUUCUAGUCGUAAAAGCAUUUUAGAUUAGGAUAUAUUAAGAGAUUCCAUUAUAUCAUUACCAAAAAUACCAUCUAUGAUAAAUAGUAGUGGAGGUGUUAAUCAAUCUCUGGAGUCAAUUAUAGCAGCUACUCCAACUAAUAAAGGAUAAUCACCUGCUUGUUAACCUUAUCAUAGAAUAGAAUGGGAUCAUGCUGGAGAUGAAUUGACUUUGAUAGUAGAAUUACCAAUAUCUGAAUUUUAAGGUUCUGCAAUUCAAUUAUGUUUAUGGUCAAUUUCUUCAAAUAAAAAUAGUUUAGGUAAUAGUAAAUCUCCUCAUAAAACUAUUAUAAAAAAGACUUAAAAUAAACAUGAUUCAGAAUAUAUGGAUUUAGAGAUUUAAGAUCAUCAUUUGGUAGCAGAAACAUAUAUUAAUUUAUCAAAUUUAGAAACAAAUAUUGUUGCUGAUUUGGGAGCAAAGUUUUUUGUAAUUAAAAGUUAAUAGGCUAAAUCAAUAUGGUAUCAUGGUGUUGAGGUAGGUAAAAUAGAUUAUGAAAUAAGUGUAAGAUUACCAAAUUAUUUAUAAUAAUCAUCAUUUGGUGUUUAAACAGAAAAGGGUAUAGUAUCAACUGCAUCUGUUGUAGGAAAUGUUGAAAAUAUUAGUGUAACAGAGAUUAAGAUGAUUUAAAUUGAAUUUUAGAAAUUAUCUAGUUCUAUAUUUAAGAUUGAACAUAAAACAUUAAAUAUGGAUGAUAAAUUAAAGGUUCGUUAAGAUAUGGAUCAAUAACUUAAUAAAUUAGCUUAAUUAUUGGGAUAAUCUCAUGGUACUAAUAUUAAAACAUUUUAAUAUAAAUCUGAGGAUGAUUUAAUGAAAGCCUAACAUUUAUUGAUUUAAUUAUCUAUUCAUUUGGUGGAUUAUUCAAAAACAUUAGCAUCAUUCAAUGCAUAUUUUGAAUGUUUAAAUUAAGUAUUAAGUAGAGGAGAAUUAAUGUUAUAAUAAUUAGGAUUUUUUAAAGCUUUGAAUAAGAAGUAAUCAGAAUUUAAAACAGAAGUUGGUUUAAAUUAUUAAUCUUUUUUAGUAAAUACACUUCGAUUCACUUUAUAAAAAUUAAAUUAAAAAGAUCCUAGUUAAGAAGCUAGAUAAUUAUAUAUAAAAUUUUUAGUAAUUAGUUAUUUUCGAAUUCCAGAAUUUAGAGCAAAAUUUUUAGAGUUAAUUAAUAAAACUGAUGAUCCUUAGUUAUUAGAAUUAAGAGGAACUGAAUUUAUAUAAGAAGAUGAUCCAACAAAUAUUGAUAAAAGUACAAAAACCAAUAUCUCAAUUUUCGAUUGGUAAAAUUAUUUUCAUACUUAUUUAUCUGAUAAAAGCAAAGGAAUAUAAAAUUAAUCAGCAUUAAAUUAAAUAUUAGAUGAUGAAAGUUGGAAGGAACAUAUAAGACAUAGAUCUAUAAAUUUUAGUUUUUUUGUAGAAGAAUGGGCUAAAUAUGUUAGAAAUAUAUUAUAAGUAAAAAUACUUCCUUGGUAAGAUAUUCCAGGUUAUAGAAUUUUGGUUAAAGCAUUUAUGUGUGAAUUAAAAUAAUAAGAAUCUGUUCCUGAUGCUAUGAAAAUAGCUUUAAAAAGUUUGCUUUAGAAUGUAAAUUUAUUAGGAAUAGUAGUUAAUUUGCAAUUUAAUAAAACAAAGUAACAUAUAUAUAUUAAUAAGUCUAUAUAAUGCAGAAUAAGUGAUAGAAACAUUUGAAAUUUUAGAUGUUUGUUUUAGUACAUUGACAACAAUGCCUGCUUACUUUGAUUAUCCAUUCUUUUUAAAAGGAAUCAAAUAAAUCAUUAUUGAUUCAGAACAUGCUAUAAAUAUAGCUAAAUGUGUUUGGCUAAUUUACAAUAUUUAUCCUUUAUUUUCAAGUAAUACUAUUAAUUUUAAAUAAGUGGACUUUAAGAAAGAUAUAUGUGAAUUUUUAUUUGAAAAAGCAGUUUUUAAAUUAUUUUUACAUUGGAGUAGAACAGUAAGAUUAGUAUUUCAUUACUUUUUGUUAUAUAGAGUAUCUCAUUAACAUAAGAACCCAAAAGUUGGAGGUUUGGAUGAAGAGUAAGCACUUAAUGAUAAUUAGUUAGAUAGAUUAUACAACAAUAUACAUUGAUUAAUAGACCAAAGAAAAAUUAAAGUUAUUUUGAAAAUAGGUAGCCUCAAUAAUAAUUGAUUGUAAGAUGUGUGAAUAUUGAUUUAGUCUGAUUAUAUUUAUAUGAAAUACUUGAGAUUUUUAAGUAAAUUAGAAUAAGCUAAGAUUAAUGAGAAUUAGAGGGAAUAUUAAUAAGAACAUUAAAGUUACUAUUAUAAAAUGGUACAUAAGAAAUUAAGAAGAGAAUAAGAAUUAAAGAUGUAAUAAUAAGAAGAACCAAAAAUGAUGGAAUAAUUGAAAUUGGAGAGAAUGAUUUCAGAAUAAGAUGAAUCAUUAUAAAAACAGAAUUAAUUGAAACCAGUGAUCGUUCCUAGACCAGUAAUGCACAAAAAGUUGAGUUGUAAGAUGCAAUGGAUAAUGAUGUAGAUAAGCAUGAAGUUGAAAUUAAUGAGAUGCAAUAACAAUAUUUACGAUUAUCCAUUCGGGAAUUCGAGGAAUAAUUAAAGAAUUAUAACAAUUGGAGAUAAUAAAAUUUAAAGAAAAUGAUUGGUAAAUAUAAUGAUGAAGGUAUAUUUAAAUAUUUAUAUAUUUAGAUAAACACAUAAUUCAUCUGACUUUUGAAGUACCCAAAGUUGAUGUUCUAAGAAGAAUAGAUGAAAAAGAGGGUGCUUGA